AUGUCCUCGUUUACGGGCGCGCUCGUGAAGCUCACGCUGCGCAAUGGCGAUGCAUAUCCUGCCAAGAUUUUGAGUGUAGAUCCUACUACUGCGACAUUGACUGUGGAGCGCAAAGACACGGGCGAGACGUGCCAGGUGCGCCGCGAUGUGCUCCUGGACGUGAGCAUUGUCUCGGAGGGCGUCGGUGCCGUGGCUGAGGCUGCGAGUGCCGCGGCGACGCCGGCAGCACCGGCUGCUGCCGCGCCUGCUGCGCCUGCGCCUGCGCCGCCGUCCGAGUCGAAAAAGAAGCGCUCGGGCAAAAAGAAGGGCACGUCGACGCCGACGACGGCUCCCCCUGUGAACUAUUUGGAAGAGUUUGACUAUACCAAGAGCACGCAGAGCUUUGAUAAGAAGAAGGCAUGGGAAGAGAUUCGCAAAAGCCAAGCAGGCACAUCCGACGACCAGCUCCUCGUGAUGCUCAACCGCCGCCAGCCGCAAGAGUCGCGGCAGCCGAUGCUGGCGCCGGAUGAGAUGGUGCUCAGCCCCAGCGAGCGCGCUGAGAAUGCGGCACCGGCGCAGGGCGCGGCGAGCAGCAAGGAGCUCGAGGAACUCAAGGCGAAGCUCGAGCGCGCCGAGGCGCGCCAGACGCUCCUCGAGGCGCUCACUGGUGUGCAGAUCGCCGACGGUGCCACUGCCGACGAGUAUACCUGCUCCCUCUUUGCCGACACGCGCACGGCGACGGCGCACUGGCGCUCGCGGUACGUCGCGCCCGCGUCGCUCGACGACACGGGCGUGCUGCGCUACAACGUGCGUCUCCCGGACCUGUCAGGCGUCGGCAAGGACGACGCAGUGCUGCUUUCCUACCGCGGUCCUGCGCCCGAGUCCGACAAGGAGAUCGUCGCGCGCCUGCCCGACCACUUCCAGAGCGAAGUGAGCGUGAAGGUGGAAAAUGCGGCGCUCUUUGAGCAGCGCCUGCAGACCGUGGCGCAAGGUACUUCUUCGUAG